AUGGCAAGUUUCUUCCUAUGUUACGAAUGUGGUACAACGUUCAGUGUGAGGAACGACUUCGAUGAGCACAUUUUAGUACACCAAGCAGUGUCUCUGUGCUAUCAGAUUUAUGAGUUCGACAAAGGAGGGCCGUCUGUUGUUAAGGCUAAGUUGGAAAACCAACACACAUCUUUCAAAGAGAGCUAUAAACCACAAGCUGUUAAGUUAUUGACAACAUUUCGCAAAACAUCUGACUGCUCUCAGAAAAAUGUACGAAAAAUAACAACAACGAAACGGAAAUUAAUGGGUCUUUCUUUUUCUCCUGAUAGUCCAUCUAAAGUACCUUGCUUGAAACAAAAGAAGAACUCCCAGAAUGAUAUAAAAAUUACCAAGGGGAACAAAACACAAGAUAAUUCAGCUGUUAUUGCCACUGUUGGCUCACAACUCAUUCAUCUACAGGUGGAUAGAGAACAUUCUAAAAUGGGAUUAGAUGUGACACUUUCUGCGGACGUUUCUGGAGCAACUCAUACUGAUUUAAUGGAAGAUCAAGUGACAAGUCCACUGAAGCUUGCUGAACUACCAAAAACUGAUAUGACCGUAGCAACGUCAACAAAAUCAUCAGGAGUAAUCAUUCCUUCAUCGCCUUCUACAUCUACAACGUCGGCAAGUGCUCCAGCGCUCCCAAAAUGUUUGAACUGUGAUUAUCGAAGUAGUCAAGGGACAGAUAUGGUCGAACAUGUCGUUCGGGUACAUAAAACGUCUAUCACAAGCCUUGAAAGAGUAGAUUUCGUGGAUGGGAAAUGGUCGGAGGCGGUGAAGCUUGAACCGAGACAGCAGUGUGCUUACUGUGUUCGAACGUUCCGAGACGUGACAGAUUACUUCCUACAUGUGAUAAUCUGCCAUAAAAGAAAUUUAUUAUCACCAGGCGUCAGUAAAUAUAACUGUAUCGUUUACCUUGCUCAUCCUGGCAUGCCCACACAUAUGGUUCGUAUUUUUAUGAAAAGACCGUAA